AUCGGCACUGUCUUCGGCGUCGCGCAACUUUCUGAGCUUGUUGUCGUGCUUAGAACAUCGCCUCUCACAGCCCUGUGUUGUAGACAUCGAAACACGACUCUUCAGCCUCCAUUUGUAGCGUUGCGAACGAUGCCUGUGGACCACUCGCACACGAACGGCACCCACCCCAACGGUGUGCCUCCCGUCAACGGCACAGGGGAGGGCGCGGCCAAUGGUCACGGCGUGAGCAGGUCGACGCCCCGCGUCAAGGAGGGCCUGGCGCAGAUGCUCAAGGGCGGCGUCAUCAUGGACGUCAUGAACCCCGAACAGGCCAAGAUCGCCGAAGAGGCUGGGGCCUGCGCGGUGAGCUCAGGGGAGGGAGGGAGGGACAGACACACGGCUUGGUGUUUUGGUGUGAGCGAUGACGUGACGGGGUGUCUACCUUCUGUGUGCUCUGUGGUGUGUGGUUGCUCAGGUGAUGGCGCUGGAGAAGAUCCCGGCUGACAUCCGCGGCAGUGGCGGUGUGGCGCGCAUGAGCGACCCAGGCAUGAUAGAGGAGAUCAUGGCUGCCGUGAGCAUCCCCGUGAUGGCCAAGUGCCGCAUCGGACAUUUUGUGGAGGCGCAGAUCCUCGAGGAGCUCGGCGUCGACUACGUCGACGAGAGCGAGGUGCUCACCAUCGCCGAUGAGGACAACCACAUCGACAAGACAAAAUUCAAUGUAUGUCAGAUGGGAUGACCAGACGGACCAGCCAGCUGUGUGACGAUUGUUUGUGUGUGUGUGUGUGGUUGGUGCAGGUGCCUUUUGUGUGUGGGUGCCGUAACCUCGGUGAGGCGUUGAGGCGGAUCGGCGAGGGUGCGUCGAUGAUCCGCACCAAGGGCGAGGCGGGCACUGGCAACGUCGUCGAGGCCGUCAGACACAUGCGGUACCGACCGACCGACACACACACGCGCCAUAGGCACCCAAACACCGCUGUGCUCCAUUCGUUCAGCACUGUGAAGCGCGAGAUAGCGAUGUUGAAGGCGAUGGAUGAGGACGAGAUCUACACGUUCGCCAAGAAGAUCCAGGCCCCCCUCGAGCUCGUCCGCGAGACACGCGCCAAGGGCAGACUGCCCGUCGUCAACUUCGCCGCGGGAGGCGUGGCCACGCCCGCUGGUCAGACAACCAACCAACCACACAACCGCCCUCCCUCCCUGUCGCCUCAUCUGUGUGUGUGGUUUACUCUGUGUUGUGUGUGUGUGGAUGGUUCAGAUGCGGCCAUGUGCAUGCAGCUGGGUGUCGAUGGUGUGUUCGUUGGCUCUGGCAUCUUCAAGUCGGGCAAUCCCGCGAAGCGCGCCAAGGCGAUAGUGCAGGCCGUGACGCACUACAAGGACCCCAAGGUGCUGGCCGAGGUGAGCCGGGACCUGGGAGAGGCCAUGGUGGGCAUCAACUGCGAGCACCUGGAGCAGAGGUGGGCUGAGAGGGAGGGCGGCAGCACCGUCGCCAAGCCCAAGACACACAGCACGCAGCCAUGGGAGGAUUUUAAAGUGCACGCAUGACGAACGUGAGGGCGGGGAGGGUCCAUUCCGUGAAUGUGUGUGUGUGCACCUGAUGUGGAGAGAGUGCAGUUUGUUGCCGUGCUGGUGUGUUAGCAUGUGGGUUUUGGACCAAGUACGGUUGAG